AUGGUGGGAUCUGUGGCUUUGGAGAGCGGUUACUCAAGAAACAGUGCUGUUGUGGCUAUCUUUCUAGUGGUCAGUAUUGGCCAUUGGCCAGUGUCUGAAGCUUGUGGACGACAGGCUGUUAAGUUGGAAUAUAAUGGCUACAGACACAUCCUUAUCGCCAUUGGUGACAAUGUUCCCGAGGACCCCGACCUGCUAGACAGAAUCCAAUACGUGUUCACCAAGGCAUCGGCAUUUCUUUAUGAAAUAACCAAAAAACGCGCUUUUUUCGAGAAGAUUACUGUGUUAGUACCGAAAAGCUGGUCAAACAAAACAAAUUAUGCUCCUGCCACCGAAGAAGCCAUAGACCUAAGCGACAUCAACGUGGACAGGUUAAACCCUGAACAGGGACACAAGCCUUUCGUUAUCCAUGUCAGACAAUGUGGAGAACGCGGCUGGAAAAUGCAACUCACACCCGAGUACUUGAAGGAUGCCGCCAUAGCCGAACAAUACGGAACAUAUGAAAAGGUUAUAGUUCACGAGUGGGCUCAUUUACGAUACGGGGUGUUUAACGAGUACCCAGAAGACUUUCCGAAAUUUUAUGCUGCUGAGAACGGAGACAUAGAAGGGACGAGAUGUUCCAAGGCUCUGAAAGGAAAGCGUUUUGAUUAUGUGAAAGACAGCGAUAUCUGUGAUUUCGAGAAUGGUUUGCCCACGGCAUCCUGUCAGUUCAAGGACGACCAAGAGGUCUCUGGGAAGUACGGCUCGCUGAUGUACAGCCAUAAGCUGGAUCACGUGAUCUGGUUUUGUGACAACGACACAAACUCUCCGAACACUUUACACAAUCGCCAGGCCCCCAAUGCACAAAACAAGAAGUGUGAUGGAAAGAGCGUUUGGGAAGUUCUAAGGAGCCAUAAAGAUUUUGCAGAGGGCGCAAAUAAGCCACGUGACGUUCCGAGCACGGUGCCUAAGUUUCACUUUGUCAAGGAGUACAGGAGAAAACGGAUAGUGAUCGUUUUGGAUAUCUCUGGCAGCAUGAAAGACAACAACAAGAUACAAAAGCUGGCACAGAGUGUGGCCAUUUAUAUCCAGCACGUGCCUGUAGAUGGUGAUCUGGUGGGAAUGGUAUGGUUCAACAGUACAGCUACCAUCAUGUCUAAUCUAAUCGAGGUGAAAAGCUCCACACGUGAUCAGCUCCUGAAAUUGAUCCCGAAGAAAGCCGAUGGGGGGACAAGUAUAGGAGAUGGACUACUGAAGGGCAUAGAGGCGUUGUCAAGUAGGGGAGACAAUCCGGCAAGGGGCCGAAUACUGUUGGUGACUGACGGCGAAGAAACAGAGUCUCCAUACGUGGCUAGCGUCACCAGCCAGAUUAUCUCCAAAGCCAUUAUUGUUGACGCGAUUGCCGUUACCGAGGAAGCGGAUCAACAGAUUGAAGAGCUGGUUGAAAACACGACAGGUUCUAUUUAUUACUUUUCCAACAGAGUAUUCUCCAACGUCUUAAAUGAAGCCUUAAUUACCAUAGGACAACAGGGAACAGAUGUUAGGAAUAGGCAAAUACUGUUGUCGAGUGAGUCGGUCACAAUCAAGGGAAACCACUUUUACGAGGACAAUGUUGUCAUCGACUCAUCCAUCGGCAGAAAGACAGAGUUUCUGAUAGCUCACUCUUCGAACAAUAUCACCAUCGAGAUGAUGACGCCGUCUCGCCGUAAAAUAUCACGCAAUGAUGCCGAAUAUAAUACAGACAAUGUAUUCAACUUUACCCGGAUACAAAUUCCCGGAGUUGCAGAGAAAGGCUAUUGGACAUUAAACAUCACGAACCCCACUUCAGUAGAUGAAAAUGUGACAAUAACUGCGGUAUCAGGCGCAACAGAUAAUGAUGAUCCAAUCGUUACCACAGCAGCUUGGAUUAAGAGAACUCUCCUUUUUCCAGAUGAGCGUCAAAUACUAUACGUCAGUGUGUCCAAAGGCCUGUCUCCUGUGCUACACGCUAACGUGACGGCCAUAUUGGAAAGACCGGAUUAUUCUAAUGUAACAGCGCCCCCUAUACAUCUUCCUGUCAGAGAUAAUGGUGCCGGUGCCGACGUAGAGAAGGACGAUGGCAUUUACACUACAUAUGUAACCUACUUCACUGACAAUGGGCGAUACAAUGUAAAAGUCAAAGUAACUGCUUCGCCGGAGUCUGUUGUUGUGAAAAAUAAGAUCGUCGGUACAGGUGGAAGCGGAGCGGCCGGGAGAAAGCGAGAUCGAAGAGAGACCGGAUACAUACAACGGACGGAAGAUUUUCAGCGCGUGACGUCAGCAGGGUCCUUUAAGCUACAGAACUUUACAGAAGGCGUUGACGCUUUUCCUCCUGCAAAGGUGACAGACUUACGAGUCAGUGCGGACGAUGUUACGAAGGCAGUGACACUCAGCUGGACGGCCACAGGGGAAGAUCUAGACCAAGGGACGGUAUCUUCUUAUGUGUUGUGGAAAUCCAAAGAUUUUGAGACAGUCUACUCUAACCAUUGGAAUGCCACAAAGGUACAGGUUAAUAUAACACCAGAGGCUGCUGGUAAAGAAGAAAACUACACGAUUACUGUCGAGGAAACAGGAAACGUGACCUAUUAUUUUGCCCUGGAGGCCGUGGACAAUAGCGGUAACGUCAGCCCGCGCUCUAACAUCGUCUCCGUGUCGCUGAAGUACCUGAAUGACGGAGUAACUCAUAGUCGUAUUGUGCCUGAGCCCACCCUGAACUUACCCUUAAUAGUCGGCUGUGUAGUCGGAAGCUUCGUUCUCAUCACUCUCAUCAUUGCCGGAAUUAUUAUCUACAUAUACGGGCGAAAAAAGGGACACUGGAGUGUCAACUCUGGAGUGGAGCUUCAGCAAAAUGAUAAGGGGCAGCAGAUGAAGUAUUAG